AUGGAAAAAUUCGCAACUGCUUUGUGCAUUUUGCUCACUGUUUACGGUGUGCAAGCUAGAAUGACAUUACUGGAAGCGUCUACCAUUGCGACAGGAAUGGCGUUGCUCGAGAAGCGUGGAUAUAAUUUUAUGAAUUCAUCUGUGCAUGUGAAAACAAAGAUUAAAAAUAUUACGAGCUACGCAGAAACUCUUGGUAACUCAACUUUGUCCUCUAUGAACAGUACAUUGUAUAGCGACAUCGAUACGAUCUCGGAUGAGAUGGAUGCAUUAUCAAAUUCUUCAUGCGUAACUUCAUUGACGACUGCUACCGCUACAGCGAAAGAAAUUGUUGCCAAUGCAACGACCUGCUGGAAUGCUUUGAUACCCAAGUUGGAUGCUGCCAACACUACGCUUGUCACGACAAUCACGAACUACAUAGGUGAUUGGGAGGACGUAAUGUUAUAUUUAUAUACCAAUUACACAGCUGAUGUCACCAGUGAUAUGGAUUCAAUAUUUGACAUUCAAGACCUAUUAGACGACCUCACUACGCAAUGGUAUGAGGUCGCAAAUGCAGCAAACGAGACCCUCGGGAACUACCUCGACUUUCUGUUUGGAGUAGCAUCCUGCAACCAGGCAGCCGAAAUUGCAACGUUCUCCGCGAACUUAACACUUAUUUACGCCGAAGCAGUAAACUGCUCUUCAACGAGUACAUCAUAACUUGGUCACCUCUUU